AUGGGUUUAUUAUAUUCUUCUUCUUCUUCUUCUCAUUUGGAAGGAGGUGAAGAAAAAGAAGAUGAAGAAGAGCCUGAACUGAGACUGUAUCAGGCAUUCAUAUUCUCCAUACCAAUUCUCUUCUCCAUUAUCCUCUUACUACUCUUCUAUGUUUUCUAUCUCAAGAGAAGAAUAAGAAGAAGAAGUAUUCUUAAUAUUAAUACUAAUUUCCAUCAUCAUCAAACUCUUCCCAUCACCUCCACUACUACUACUACUACUGCUCAACCUUCUUCUUCUUCUUAUAUCUUCAGAGCAAAACUUCAAACAAUCUUGGUUGAUGAAGAUUUCAUAAGGACCAAGGAUAAACUGUACGUCUGUCUGGGUGACUUUCAGAUUGGGGAGGACCUCCACCAGCUUCCCACGUGCACACACGUCUUCCAUGCAGAUUGCAUACUCCUCUGGCUCUCUUCAACCUCCACUUGUCCCCUUUGCAGGACCCAAAUAAUACCUUAA